AGAUAGAAUCACAAGUACAUAAUCAUAAGCUAGCUCACAUAAAAUUAUAUAGAAUUCUCAUUACCACAAACAUGGCUAAAAUUAUUUCAAUUUCCAAAGUUUGUUUGAUUUUAUGCUUUGUUGGUGUAGUCUCAGCCCAAUUGUCAAACUCUGAUUUUUACUCAAUAUCAUGUCCUAAUGCACUUUCAACCAUUAAGGCAGUUGUAGAUUCUGCUGUGGAAACUGAGGCUCGUAUGGGAGCAUCACUCCUUCGUCUUCAAUUCCAUGAUUGUUUUGUUCAAGGAUGUGAUGCAUCAGUAUUGUUAGACGAUACAUCAAGUUUUACAGGUGAAAAAACAGCAGGUCCAAACGCCGGUUCCUUAAGGGGUUUUGAUGUAAUUGACACCAUCAAGUCUCAGCUCGAAAAUUUGUGUCCCAAUGUUGUCUCAUGCGCUGAUAUUGUCGUCGUAGCUGCAAGAGAUUCUGUUGUCAAACUGGGUGGACCUAGUUGGGCAGUGCAAUUGGGCAGAAGAGAUUCAACCGAUGCAAAUUUAAAUUCUGCAAACACAGAUUUACCUGGUCCUGAUACAGAUCUAAGUGGUCUUAUUGCUGCUUUUGAUAACAAAGGUUUCACAGCCAAAGAAAUGGUUGCUCUAUCAGGAGCUCACACAAUUGGUCAAGCAAGGUGUUUAUUCUUCAGAAACAGGAUUAACAAUGAAGACAACAUAGAUCCAACCUUUGCAACAUCAUUGCAAGCAAAUUGUCCUACCACAGGUGGUGAUGACAAUUUAUCACCAAUUGACACAACAACUCCAAAUACAUUUGACAAUGCUUAUUACCAGAACUUGCAAAAUAAAAAGGGUCUCUUUCAUUCUGAUCAACAACUUUUCAAUGGAGGAUCUACAGAUGAUGAUGUUGAUCAAUAUAGUAGUGACCCUUCAAGUUUUGCUACUGAUUUUGCUAAUGCUAUGAUCAAAAUGGGGAAUCUUGGUCCACUUACUGGGACCAAUGGUCAGAUUAGGGUUAAUUGCAGGGCUAUCAAUUGAGGUUUUGGAACUUUUGGGUAUAAUGCAACUUAUUGUUUACUUUUAUUGUUGCAAUUGUGUGUUACGAUGAAAGAAAAAUAUUAUUAUUAUUAAUAAUAACAGUGGUAAUGACCAUCUCAAGUGAAAUUUGAAUCAUCUCUUGAUGUUUGAUGAUAUAAAGUCAAACUCUUACGACUUAGCUGACACUUCUUGAAAAAUUGGGUAUUAUGGUGUGGUGGCAAAGUAAUGUUUAACAAUUGUAAUGUAUUUGAAUUUUAAUAAUAUGAAUCAAUUUCAAUGUUUGCAGUUGUUUAA